CGAGUCUGUUGGGCGAUGCAAAAAAAGAACCUUGCCAAUUUCCUUCGUACAAAUACAAAUCCACCUCUUUACUAUCUUCCAGCCAAAUUGUCUCCAUCUGUAAUUCAAACUAUUGAAAUACAGCAGCGACAAGUGGCAUUAGAAACUUCAUCAUUAAUAACUUAUAGUGAAAAUGGAAACAAUGAAGAGUGCAUUGUUGUUAAUGAUUUUGAGAUUACUGGACGCAAUAACAUUGAAAAGUCGGAUGUUAAAGCACGUGACGAAAUUAAGAUGGAAGUUGAUAAACAUGAAGAGAAAAACGAAAACAAAUCACCAAAAGAGAGUAUCGAAAAUGAUACUCUUACAAAAGAGUCGUCAGCUAAUGAACCAAUGGAAACUACGGUAAGUAAUAAUGGGGAAGAUGUCAAAACUGAGGAACCAGCGGCCAAUGCUGAUAGUAAAGAUGAUCCUGUUGAAUACUAA